AUCCAAGAUGGAGGGACUCACUGGUUACACAUCAAGUUCGUCAGAAGACGGCGAAAAACACCCCAAAUCCGCUCCAAACCAGUGAUUUAAGUGUGGGGAAAAGUAGAAGAGAAAGCUGAAUUCGCUGUUUACGUCUGACUUCUAACUGCAAGUUUUAUUGGUGAAUGUCAAGAUUUACUACAGCAAAAAUACAAACAUCAACAGUGUCAUUCCUAUAUGUAAUUGAAGUAACCUAGACCACCUCAGGUAUGGAAUCAAGGCCAAAUCCAAUGUCGUUAGGCCCUGAUGGGGAUGUGUCAAAGAGGCUGAGAGCUGACGAUGAUGCAUCCUCCGCUCCAGUGGUCACCAAAAAGACAAGAAGUGAAGAAAGCAAUGAUAACCACAGACAAAUACAUGAAGACUCCAGCCCUGGCCGGGAUAGAAGCCCAGGAUCUGACAGCCAUCAUGAAGAACCCCGAGAGGAUGAGUUUGGUCGGGACCCCCCAGCAUCCCAUCGCCAGGAAGAAGACUCUAAACGCCGAUCUUCAGUCGAUAGACGGCCGAGGUCAAGCCGAGAAUCACCCGAACGGAAACGGCCGUCUAGCCUUGGUCGAGACUCUUCCGAGCGCAGACCGUCUGCUCGUGUCUCUUCCGAUAAUUCGCGAUCCCCUCCACAUAGACGUGACAGCAGUAGACGCUCGCACUCGCCUUCCAGACGCUCUAGCGACGACCGAUCGACUGAUGCGAGAGAUCGACGUGAUCGAAGAAGGAGCUCGUCUCGGGAGAGAAGACCGCCUCGAGACCGUGACCGUGACCGUGAUCGUGAUCGGGACCGAUAUGACCGUGAUCGUGGAAGGCGUGACAGCGAUCGCGAUCGCUAUGACCGUGACAGGGGACGGCGUGACGGUGACCGCGACCGCUACCGUGAUGACAGGAGGGGAAGGCGUGACAGAUUCCGACGUUCACCUGGGCCGUGCACACCUGUGGUCAAAACCCCAGCUGUUCCCGUUCGCGCGCCCACAUCAGAAGAGGUCCAAGCGAAACUAGCGGCGCACGCAGAGGUCUUGCGCCAACAGGCUCAGACCCAGGCCAAAGCAAUCAACAUGCCCGGCUACCUGAACCCUGCGGUGGUCAACCCUCAGCAGUACAAAGUGCAGCAGGAGAAGAAGAAGUUGUUAUGGAGCGGCAAGAAAAAAGAGGCAGCUGCUCCCCCAGGUCAGUGGAGCGCGGCAAGCUACACCUCCGAGAUGGACCCCAAGUUCCGCCGACUGAUGGGUAUCAAGGGGGGAGAAGCGCAAGACUCUCAGCUAGAGAGUACUCCCGCAGCCGCCAAGCCUGAAGGCCAAGGUCAGAGCGAGCUCCUGCACAACCUUGAGAUUGAGUUCGAACGAUCACGUGCCUUUCAGCUGUCGCGAGGUGCUGGCGGAAAAAGCGGCAUAGGGCUCGGCUACCAAGGACCCAAGUUCCCAUGAUACUUUAUGCUAGCGGUAUACCUUAUAGGGCUCGGCUACCAAGGACCCAAGUUCCCAUGAUACCUUAUGCUAGCGGUAUACCUUAUAGGGCUCGGCUACCAAGGACCCAAGUUCCCAUGAUACUUUAUGCUAGCGGUAUACCUUAUAGGGCUCGGCUACCAAGGACCCAAGUUCCCAUGAUACCUUAUGCUAGCGGUAUACCUUAUAGGGCUCGGCUACCAAGGACCCAAGUUCCCAUGAUACCUUAUGCUAGCGGUAUACCUUAUAGGGCUCGGCUACCAAGGACCCAAGUUCCCAUGAUACCUUAUGCUAGCGGUAUACCUUAUAGGGCUCGGCUACCAAGGACCCAAGUUCCCAUGAUACCUUAUGCUAGCGGUAUACCUUAUAGGGCUCGGCUACCAAGGACCCAAGUUCCCAUGAUACCUUAUGCUAGCGGUAUACCUUAUAGGGCUCGGCUACCAAGGACCCAAGUUCCCAUGAUACCUUAUGCUAGCGGUAUACCUUAUAGGGCUCGGCUACCAAGGACCCAAGUUCCCAUGAUACCUUAUGCUAGCGGUAUACCUUAUAAGGAUCGGCUACCAAGUUCCCAUGAUACAUUAUGCUAGCGGUAAAAAGAUAUAUGAUUCUGUUCCGAGCGACCCAAGCCUCCAUGAUUCUUGAUGUCAUGGUGCAGACCAGUAUAGCAGGUUAAGACUUCAUUUCCAGGGGCCUAAUUUCCCAUGAUGCCAUGUUGCUAAGUGGUGCCGUCGGAACAGCGCAGCUUACUGUUCCCAAGGACCCCAUUUCGCAAGGACCCCUAUUCCUAAGGACCCCAUUUCGCAAGGACCCCUAUUCCCAAGGACCCCAAUUUGCAAAGGUCCCAAUUCCCAAGGACCCCAUUUCGCAAGGACCCCAAUUCCCAAGGACCCCAUUUUGCAAGGACCCCUAUUCCCAAGGACCCCAUUUCGCAAGGACCCCUAUUCCCAAGGGCCCCAAUUCGCAAGGACCCCUAUUCCCAAGGACCCAUUUCGCAAGGACCCCUAUUCCCAAGGACCCCAAUUCCCAAGGACCCCAAUUCGCAAGGACCUCAAUUCCCAAGGACCUCAAUUCCCAAGGACCCCAAUUCACAAGGACCCCAUUUCGCAAGUACCCCUAUUCCCAAGGACCCCCAUUCGCACUGACCCCAUUUCCCAAGGACCCCAACUCGCAAGGACCCCAAUUCCCAAGGACCCCAACUGGCAUGGACCCCAUUUCCCAAGGACCCCAAUUCGCACGGACCCCAAUUCGCAAGGACCCCAACUCGCAAUGCCGUAUGCCCCCGAACUCCCUUGUUGCCUCGCUUUUUGACGGGGCUAUUACACCCCUUGGUGAGGAAAUGCAAUCGCACUGAUUGAUUACAAGUGUUUUUUUACACUCGUUACCUGUCACAAUGCCGCGAGUUUUUUUUUCUUCUAAUUUUCUGUUAUGGAUAGAAUAGUCUUGUCUACUUUCUGGAUUCCUUUUUAAAUUGUAUCUUAUUUAUUUAAAAUGCCCCUGACACUGUUAUAACUACCAGGAGAGUAGAGAGGGAGGAAGUAAAUAUUGAGCAAGUGGAAAAGUACUAUUUUAUUCGGUGUUUAGGUACUGAAUAAAUAUAUAUCCAUAGUUUUCUAAGCACGCUUAUACUUAGAAAGAUCAAUAAAAUAUCAGUGUGUUAUUAAA